CGUCACGGCUAGCCAUUUAUGAUUGCCUUCUGAUGCCCCGCAGGUGGUUUUUAAGGCUCUCCUUACCCUACAUCAGAUGAUUAGAUCUGGAUCAACGGAUCAAUUGCUUGAAAGUCUGGCAACAGGCGAUACUUUACGCCUGAGAAAUAUAUCUGGGCAGCACUGGGAAGGCUACUCUCCGCCUUCCAACUUAGGAUCUUACGCUCAAUACCUUGAUUCAAGAAUCAAGGUUUGGAGGGAUCUACGUCAUGAUCUGGUAAAAGUGCAGACUGAAUCAAAUAGGCGUAGUGACGGGCUUGGUGCUGGAUCCAAAGCUCGCCGUCUCAGGCAUCUCUCCGUGGAGAAGGGCUUGUUGCGCGAGGUGAAAGGGGUGCAGCGGAUUUUGGAUACUCUGGUUCAGUGUAAAUUCUACGACGACGAUCUACGAGACGAGAACACCGUCUUGGCCUUCCGUAUGAUCAUCAAGGAUCUAUUAGUCUUGUUCCAAGCUGGCAAUGAGGGUGUCUGCAACAUUCUUGAGCACUACUUUGAAAUGACCAAACAGGACGCUACUGAGUCGUUCGAAAUCUACAAAUACUUCAUCAAGCAGACUGAUCGAGUAGUCGAUUUCCUGGGUAUUGCGCGGAAGCUGCACAACGUCGUCAAUGUCCCUGUACCCAAUCUCAAACAUGCGCCUACUGGUCUGGUGAAGGCGUUGGAAGAGUAUCUCAAUGAUCCCAAUUUUGAGGACAACAGGCGCGAGUAUAGAGCUAGUCUGGGAGUUGUAGAGGGAAGAGGCGCUGGGCGAACACCUUCUCCAGCAGCAGCGAACAAGGACGAAAGCAAGGGUCGCACCAGUCCUGUGAAAGCGGGACGCUCGUCCUCUCCGGUGAAGUCUCCCAGUCCAGCACCGUUUGUUCCUCCACCAGGGACAUCUCAGAAGAUCCAAGACUUUUUCGACUCGCUCACUACGGAUCACCAGCCGACCAUCUUCGGAGGUCCAGCGCAACCAUUCCCUCAGCAGACUCAGCUUCAAAUGCAGGCACCCUUCAACCCCUUCCGACAAUCCAUAAUGAUGCCUCAGCAGACUGGCUUCAUGCAGCCCCAGGCCACUGGCUUCCCUGGCGGGCAUCUGCAGCCUCAGAUGACAGGACAGAUGGCCUUUGGCAACCAUCCCUCUUUCCAACAGAAUGGCUCAAGCCCGUUCAUCCAGCCUCAACAGACUGGCAUGUUCCAGCCUCAAGCACAACAUUCGGUUCCGUUUCUCCAAGACCAAUUCCAGCCGGGGACUAUGCUACCACAGGCCACAGGCUCGAACCCAUUCCGACAAAGCACCAUGAUGUUUGGUCAAGGACACCCAACUGGAGUCUUGUCGCAGCCCACUUCGCCGAUAGGAGGACAGUCGACCCAGAUCAACCGACCUGGAUCCACACCGGCUACGGGCGGGACGGCUCAACUUGGCCAAGCCGCUGCAACUACGGGCAAAAAUCCAUUUGCACCGGCGGGAGGAGUUCCCGUCCAAAAGCCCAAAGAGAGCGCCGGACCAUCCAUGAACGAGCUGGCCUGGAACAAGGCACAAGGUCAGCUCGGCGUUGUCCCUCAGCAAACCGGUGCUUCACCUUGGGCCACUGUCAGCGGAAAGCCUACGACUGGCUUCAACCCUCAACCUACCGGCAACUCCCCUUGGGCCAGUUUCAAUGGCAAGCCAUCGACUCCAAGUUCCGACUUUGGUCCGACGGGAAUAUCAGACAUUGCUUCUAGCUUUGCUGUCGACUCUUCGAAACAGUCAUCCAGCUCAGACUUCUUGUCUCAAUUUGGAUCUUUCUCGGUCAACUCGAAUGUCACGGGAACAGGUGCCACGUCGACGUCGACAUUGCCUACGCAAUUUGGAUCGCAAACAUCUUCGUCGCCCGCUCCGACCUCGCCGAUUGGGGGUCUUCAACCCCAGCCCACAGGUUUCGGAGGGAGCACAGUCAAAAAGUUCCAACCGACCAGCUCAUUCGGAAGUCAGCUUCUAGAAUCCUUACCGACAGUCAACGAGUCGGCAGGUUCGACAAACCAGGCUCAGAAUCAGUCUUCAAAUGGGUCACAGAGCAGUUCUGGUCCUUUUGGACAGCAGCAGCCGAAUGGAUCGUCCAAUGGUGCCAGUGGUUUCUCCGGCAGUUCUCUUGGACCAUUCGGACAACAAUCAACUGGAAGUGGUGCGUUCGGUCAGUCCACCAUGCAGCCUCAAGCGACUGGUCUGCCCAAUCCUUUCAGGCAGAGCACUCUAGGUGCCUUCGGGCAAACUACGAAUGGGCCGAAUCAGCCGAUAGGCGCCUUCGGACAGGGCACACCAUUCGGAGGUCAGAACAGGACUGGAGGUGGGUCAUUCGGCAAUCAGGCCCUCGGGGGAGGUUCCAUGGCGUUUGGCAAUCAACAGCAGAACACCGGUCAAAACCAGAGUCAAAAUGCCUUCCAGGGCGGACCUUUCGGUCAAGCCUUUGGAGGAGGACAACAACAACAACAUCAACAAGGCGGAAGCAGUCUGAUCUAGACAGAGCGAGUGAUGGGCACCUGGAUCAGUAGAAAUUUUGUAACUUGUGGUUCGCCAGUGAUAAGAUUGUAGUUAUAAUGCAUGCCUUGAAGUGCGACA